GCAAACCCCUAGCCCACAUCCACCGUGCCCGUGCCGACCCCGCCGCCGGAACGGAAACCACGCCCUAAGCUUGCUCGAAUGCGAUGGCGCCACCGCCGUUAGCCACGGCGGCGGCGGCCGAGGACACCACGGAGCUCCUGGAGGUGCGCUGCGCGGGGUGCAGCGAGACGCUGGAGGUGGAGCGGGGGCUGACGGAGUUCGUCUGCCCCGACUGCGCCACGCCGCAGUCGCUCCCCCCGGAGCUCAUGCCCCCGCCCCGCCGGAGGGCGCUGCCCCUGCCGCGCGGCGCCGCAGACGCACGCGGGGCCAGGCUGCCGUGCGGCGCCUGCGGCGAGCUCCUCAGCGUGCCGGUCGGGCUGUCGCGCUGCACCUGCCCUUUCUGCGGCGCCGAGCUCGUCGUCGACUCCGCCCGCCUCCGGAACUACAUCCUGACCUCCGCCGCAGCGGCCGUCGUACCGCGCUCCUCGGCAUCCGUCCCUCCGGUUGUUGCUGCCCGGGAGAGAUGGCAAGAGCGUCCUAGUUACGCAAUGCGUGCAGGGCUACCCCAAGCAGAACCUGAUGUGAGGCUAAUUCCUCCGCGGAGGACACAGGUAGAGCGUCCUGGUCGUCUCAUCCAUGUGCAUCGGGAUGAACAAGAGUACCGUGAUCAUGUGAUUGAUGGAGAAGAGAUACCUGUGGCUAACGAGACUUUUGCAAAUAGUAGCCUUCAGAGAAACCGACCUUCACUUGGCCCACUUCUUGGCCGUCGUAUUGUAGGUGAUGAGGAAACACACGUUUUUCCUCAAAAUGAGGUCAAAAAUCAUGUAAGUGAUCAAUACUCUGGUUACUCUGUUCAGCCAAAGCGAGCGAAGCUGGCACGCCUGCAUAGAGUCAUUCAUUCAGAGGAGAUGCAGGAUGGGCCUCUCAACCAUGAAGUUUAUAGAGAGGCGAGACAUACUGAACUGAUAUAUGAGGCUACUGCAACUCAUAGAGUUGGAUGCUCCACUGGCCCCCAAACUCCAAGUAUAGGGGAGAGGCAUAUGGGGACUCCUACUCAGAUCAUACAGCAGGUGCGAAAACAGAAUUAUCAUGAAAGUCAUGUGGAAGGCAGUCAGAUAGACUGUCUAGAUCUGGAUGGGGUGGUUCAUCCGCCAGUCAACCAAGUAAAUCAUGGAGAAGAGGCAUCCACUGAGAUGAUCGAUAAAAUGCUUUCAAGGGAGAGCACUUGGCCUACUGGAUGUUCAGUUGGACCCAACUCUGUUAAUGUAGAGAAGAGAAAGGCAUCGACCACAAAUCAGGUCAAUCAACAUAUGCAAAAACAACAGUCUGAUGCAACUCGUUCAGAACACACACAGAAAGAGCAUCCGGAUCAGGCAAUUCAUGAGCCUACAACUCAUCUAACUAAUAGAGAAACAAUGUACUCAUUUCCUAUAAAGGAGACCAUCGCAAGGUAUAGCAAGCAGAAAAAAUCAAAGUUAGUUAAUCCCAAGACUAUUGCCGAGAAGAGACAUAUGGAAUCACUGAACCACAAUAUACAACAGGCAGAUGGACAGACCUCUGAUACUGAUAGUCAUGAAAUCCAGGUCGAUAUUGAGCGUCAAAGUAAGGCUAAUGGGAUGCAUGACAACACUUCAACUCUGAAGGGGCGGGAACAGGUUACACCUCCGAAUAAGCUGGCCGAUCUAAAACAGAAAAAUAUAUGCACUAAUGAUGAAAUCCAGAAGGAGCAGACUGAAGGUAAUGUUUCCAAGCAGACUAGUAGUUGGACUCAGAAGAAGAAUAGAAAAGGCUCAAUAGCUUCAUCAAAUGAAGGGCUUCAGCUUAAACGUAGUAAACGUUUGGCCAAAGAUUCAUCUUCUGCUAUGGAAAAUAAACCUCUAGAAAGCGAAUCUGGUGACCUGCAGAAUUUUGGUCAUAAUGUCCAAGUGCCAGCAGAUGCUACGGAUGAAGAAUCAAUUGAAUGGGUGCCUCUUCAGCAGUGUCCCCCCUCUCCAGAUUGUGAAGGGUCAGUUGCCUCGACAGACACUGAUUCUGUAGAAAGUGGUAACGAUGAGGACUAUGUUGUAUCUCCAAAUCAAAGCAUGUCUGAGUCUGACCAUCCAGAUAUUGAUAGAAUAGUUGCCGAUCAUUGCCCUAGCACUCCCUCUGUACAUAAGGCGCCUCAAGAAAUCUCUGAUGAAUUAGAUGACCCUGAUGUAACCACAACUCCUUUAGUUCCUGAUAUGUCUGACCCCGAGCAUUUCGCACGGAACUAUUUACCUCUAGAGGUCAGAAGGGCCCUUGCAAAGGGAAAGAAAGCUGGAGGUCGUCUUUGUGUCAAAGUGUGGACCUUGCCCAAGGGUGUACGGAUACCGGUCUCCUUGAACACUUCGGGCCUGCCAAUCGGAGAAAAUGCAAUCAUGUUGAUUAACUUUCUAGGCGCACUAGCACGAGACGGAGUGUUGGCACCUCUCACGUAUGUAAGUUGGACAUAUAUUCCCAAGGAGAACAAGGAUGUUAUGUGGCACAUUGUUAAGCUUAAAUUUGAUGUUGAUCCAUCUCACGAGUUGUCGCUCCUGAGGUCCAUAAGAAACAAGUGGAGGAUUUGGAAAUGUCAUUUAAAACGGAAACACUAUGAUCCUCAUAUAACUGAAGAGGAACGACUUGCUGAUCGAGUUCCUCGUGUCCUAAAAGAACAAUGGCAAGUCCUUGUUGCAUAUUGGAAUACAGAAAAGGCAAAGGCUAGAAGUACUGUCGGCAAAGCUUGUCGUGCGAAAUCAACCUUUAUCAGUAAAACCGGAUCAAAGAGCUUUGCACGAAUAUUUCAUGAAGAGUCGCGAUCUGGUGACCCUGCUGUUGAGAAUUCAGAAGGUUCUGCCAUGGGUGCAGAAAGGAUGGCUAGUACACGCAGACACAGGUGUACAGUUGGGCCCUCCCCCAAAGACCUGCAGGACAAGUCAGCCUCGCAAGCUGCGAGGGCCAAAAGGAAGGCUGGAGAUGAAGCCUCCACACUGAGAAAAGAGGCGGCAGUAACAGAGGAAAGUCGCCCCAAAAACUCCCAGGAAAAUGCAGUCUUGGAAGCUGCAAGGGCUAAAAGAAAGGCCGAAGAUGAGGCAGCCGCUCUAAGGAAGAAGGUGAUAGUGAUGGAGGAAAGCCAGAAAAAGCUGCAGGAGGACUUGGCAAGAGUCACGGAUGCAAUGAGUGCUAUGCAGAAGAUGAUGUCAACUGGUGGCUUACCAAAUGGAUUAAUGGGUGAACCAGCGAUGCCACCAAGUUUCCAACAGGAACAAAAUGAAGCAAGCUCCGAUGAUGGUUUGGAGUCGUAUAUUGUUUACUCAGGGCUACGUCAUCCUUCCUCGCAUAAUCGACAGACUCGAUGAGAUGAUUGGACCUGAUCAACUGAUGCUCGGGGUAGAGAGCGGCAGUAGUGUUCACCUUUUAGCCGGAUCUUAGUUUUAUAGGCACCAUUUAUGGUUUCUCUCGGGUAGAAGUGAUCACAUUCCACCCAUAUGAUCCGUAUCUCUUGUGAUGUUUCUUGCACUGUUGUAAGAGGCCAACUAGUUGUCUAUCCUGAUAUGUAGGACUGAGAAGAGAACCAAUCAUGUUUUGCUGAUGUGUGUGAUGACAAAGGAGUGUUUGCCUGAA